GACUCUAGGUGGCAGGUCCUGUUCUCCACGCUGUCCCUGGUCAUCGCCAGAGCCAUGAAGAUGCACUUCUGCAUCCCGGUGUCCCAGCAGCGGCCAGACGCGCUGGGGGGCCGCUACGUGUUGUACUCCGUGUACUUGGAUGGGUUCCUCUUCUGCAAAGUACGCUACAGCCAGCUGCACCGCUGGGAUGAACAGCUGAGACGGGUGUUUGGAAACUGCCUGCCCCCUUUCCCACCCAAGUACUAUCUGGCAAUGACUACUGCUAUGGCUGAAGAGAGGAGGGACCAGUUGGAACGCUACCUGCAAAAUGUAACUGCGGAUCCCCGAGUGACAAGGAGUGAUGUCUUCUCUGAGUUCUUAACACUGGUGCAGCUGCACACAUUGAAUAUCACCAUCCAGAAUGCCGAGCUGGCUGUAUUCCUGCCUGAUGGAAGGAGCAUUAAAGUAGAAGGUCUAACAUCAGAUACGGCUGAAAGGGUCCUGGAGGUGAUGGCCCAUAAACUUGGAUUGCAGCCAGAGCUGGUGGGCUACUUUGGCCUUUUUCUUAUCCGGUGUUUCCCAGAGGGCAAGCUCUCUGUGGUGAAGAAGCUGGCCGACUUUGAGCUGCCUUACACUAGUCUGCAGAGUUCUGAAAUGGAAAACUGUAAGAUCGGACUCAGAAAGUGGUACCUGGACCCAGCUCUGGACACCAUGUUGAUGGACUGCAGAGCAGCUGGAGACUUGCUGUACAUGCAGGCAGUGCAGGACAUUGAAAAAGAAUGGAUGAAACCCACUCAGGCUCAGAGGGAGGAACUAAAGGCGCUGCAGAAGAAAGAGAAUCAAACAAAGUUUUUGGAGCUGUCGCAGGAGGUCCGACACUAUGGGUAUGUUCAGCUGGAUCCCUGCACCUGCAACCACCCGGAACCUGGCUGUGGGGCCCAGCUUUCCAUCGGCAAUAAUGAGAUCAGCUGCUGUAUAACUUUGCCUAAUGGCCAGAUCCAGGACAUUGCAUUCCAGAUGAGCAGAGUGAAGUGCUGGCAGGUCACUUUCCUUGGAACUCUGCUGGAUACCGAUGGGCCCCAGCGAACUCUUAACCAGAACCUAGAGCUGAGAUUUCAGUAUAGUGAAGAUAGUUGCCAGCAGUGGUUUGUUAUUUACACCAAACAGGCUUUUUUCCUGAGCAGCUGCCUGAAGAAGAUGAUCUCAGAGAGGAUGACAAAGCUCACUGAGCAGAGCCCAGAGAUGCAGAUCGAGGUUCCAGAACAAGGCAGAAGUAAAAAGCACCCAGGCAAACCCAGCCAGAAAGACUAUUUUAAUUUUCUGAGAAAAGGCAAGAUGAAGAGAUCCGAAGGUGACUAUGUUUGGGAUACCCUGACAGAAGAAGGUCUCUGAAGGAGUCUCAUCUUUACGGCUGUCUUAAGACAGUGCCAGCGUGUGGGUGUGAGAGAUGGGCUUCCCACCAUCCAGGCAUUUAUCGACUUCUCUCUUUCUUUGACAUUGAGGUCUCCUGUGUCAGUCUAACUUCAGCACUCCAUAACUCUCGGGGCUAACAUGGUGUAGGAACCAAAGCUAUAGAGUUGACUUAAGUGGCAGGUGGGCAGGUUCACAUCAACCAAUGGGAGGUUUGUUCUAUUUUCCCUCUAAGAUAGAUGUACCUGGCUCCAUGAAGCCCUUUGUAUGUUCUGGUAUUGCAGGGAUAAAAAGCUUGUUCUAAAUUAUAGGAAUAUGUUUGGCACCAAAGUAGAUUCACCAGCUUGGGAAAGUAUGGCUUCUUUGACCUGUCCAGAGAGCAAAAGGAGCUAAGAUUCCAAUCCCCACCUUCACUCACUCCUUAGUCUACUAAAACGAUGACCACAAAGUCCCGGGCUGCCCUGGCCUGCAUCCCUCAUUGUAUGGUUCUGUUCCACUAUUAGAAGACUGGACUCUGGGCUGGAGAAAUGGCUCAGUGGUUAAGUGCACUUGCUGCAUUUACAGAGGACUAAAUUCCCUUAACCCACGUGGUACUUACAACCAGCUGUAACUUCAGCUCCAGAGGACCCAGCGCCCUCUUCUGGCCUCCUCUGGCACCCACACAUACACAUAAUAAAAAUAAAUAAAAUUGAAUUCUGUCCAAUAAUCAUCUUGCCAAUUUGAAUAUUUUUCUUUUGGAAACCAAUAGUCCUGCACUGAUAGCAAAUCUCUUAGCUUUACAAUUGUGUAUUUCUUUUUUCCACAAUAGUUUUCUUUAAACAGCUUCAGGUGUACCAUACUAAUGUGAUUAGGUAUGGAAUUAAGAGCAAAAUAGAGAGGGGAAGAUAAGUAUGCAAAAAUAACUAAUGUUCUUUUCUGAGUUAGCUAACUAUGAAAUAAAUAUAAAAUCUG